AUGCAAUUUUUGCGUUUUGGAUGGCUUUUGGAAACAUCCUAGGGUACGCUUCUGGUUCAACUGGAGAAUGGCACAAUUGGCUCCCUUUCCUUAAUACGAGCGCCUGUUGUGAUGCGUGUGCAAAUUUGAAGGGAGCAUUCUUAGUUGCUGUGGUUUUUCUCCUCUUAUCCAUGCUGGUUACAUUAAUCGUCGCAAAAGAAGUCCCUCUGUCUAGUAUCCCUGGCAAAGGUGAAGAAGAGCACAGAGCAGAGUUCCUCGAUAUCUUCAGAAGUAUCAAAAACUUGCCUCCUGGAAUGCCUUCAGUACUUCUCAUCACCGGUCUUACUUGGUUGUCGUGGUUUCCAUUCAUCCUGGUUGACACGGAGUGGAUGGGCCGUGAAGUCUUCCAUGGGAAUCCAAAGGGAACACCAUCGCAAAUUGAUGCCUUCGACAGAGGGGUUAGAACCGGUGCAUUUGGUUUGCUAUUAAAUUCGAUUAUUCUCGGGAUUGGUUCUUUCACGAUUGAGCCCCUUUGCCGAAAACUCACUCCAAGAAUUGUUUGUGUGACAAGCAACUUUAUGUUGUGCCUUGCAAUGGUUGCCACUGCGAUCAUGAGAGGGCUUAUUGGUGUAAGCAUCUGUCAGAUGAUCAGCUAG